AUGGGUAGGCAACCACCCAGACAUGAUCCAUUUUCUAAUACAUAUAAUCCAGGUUGGCGAAAUCACCCUAACUUCUCAUGGAGAGAUCAAGGUAAUGCAAGACCAAUGGGACCACCCGGAUUCCAGCAACAAGGACCAUCAGGAUUCCAGCAGCAGCAAUACAGACCUUUCCAGCAGCCACCUGCACCACAACAGUCUCAACUUCCUGCUCAGGAAAAAAAGCCUCAAUUGGAGGAGAUGUUUAUGCAAUACAUGGCUAGCCAGGACACGAUGAUGAAGAAAAUGGAUGCAAAGAUUGAUAAGGUUGCACAGUCUAACCAAGCAUCCAUUCAUAAUUUAGAAGUGCAAGUUGGUCAGUUGGCAAAAUUGGUUGCAGAAAAAGAUCGAGGUAAGUUUCCUAGUAACACUGAAAUAAACCCUAGGGAAGGAGCUAUGGCUGUCACAUUAAGAAGUGGUAAGAUAUUGAAUGAAAUUAUGAAAGAAAAUGAACCCACGAGGGUUGAGAAAGAGAGUGAUAAAGAAGAGGAUCAAGUGCCUAAAGAGAAUUCUAGUGAUCAAAACCUCAAUUCCUCUAUAGUAAAACCUUAUGUACCCCCCAUUCCAUAUCCACAAACGUUACAAAAGAGGAACCAGGACAAUAACUUUAAAAGAUUUUUGGAGGUUUUUAAAAAAUUGCAGAUUAAUAUUCCAUUUGCAGAAGCACUUGCUAAUAUGCCAUCUUAUGCCAAGUACAUUAAGGAAAUUGUGUCUAAUAAAAAGAAAUUGGAAGAGUUUGCUACUGUGCACCUAAAUGAGGAGUGUAGUGCUGUUUUGCAAAGCAAAUUACCUCCUAAGCUAAUGGAUCCAGGAAGUUUUUCUAUUCCUUGCACUAUUGGUAAUACUGUCAUUGAUAAAUGCUUAUGUGAUCUAGGUGCCAGUAUUAACCUUAUGCCUUUAACUCUUUUCAAUAAGUUGGAAAUAGCUUAA